AUGGCCAAAAAUACAGAUGAUGUUGAAGAGUCUGGCAGCCAAUCAGAAACAGAAUCAUCUGAAGAUGUUGCCUCUGAUGACAGUGAUGAUAAUGCCAUGGACAUCAGUAGCAGUACACACAUAAAAGACAGCACAUUUCCACUGGCAGACUUCAGACUUUCAUGUCUACAUGACAUUGGUGCAGAAGAUUUGUCAUCUGCUUUACAAAAGUAUCAGCAAAUAUGUAAGGGACUUGACAAAGAUGUUGUGCCACAGAGAAGUAUUACUACUUCGAUUAGUGCAGACUUCACUCCCUGGUGGGAGGGAUUUACAAAAUCUGACCAUAAGUCAGUCAUCACAUCAGUAACAGAACCAAACACAGAUGGUGAUACAUACGAUAACUGGUUUGACAAAAAUUCUGCGAUGGGAUCUAGUUGGUUGUGUGGCCCAAGCACAUCAGCUUCAGGUGCAUCGCCAGGUCAGACACCAACAGUUGCAGAUGUUGAUGUGCCAUCAAUAUAUGACAACAAACCAGCUCCUAAAGGACGCAGAGCACUCAAACGAGAAAGAAAGGCUGAGAAAGACAAGACACUGGGCAAGAAAUGGUUUGGUAUGAAAGCACCAGAUGUUGACGAGAAGCUUAAAAACGACAUGGAGCUGAUCCAGAUGAGGUCUGUUCUUGACCCCAAGCGAUUUUACAAACAUCGGGACAGAAAGGGAUUACCCAAAUACUUUCAGAUGGGCACUGUGGUGGAUGAGGGCACAGAUUUCUACAGCAGUCGUCUGACUAAGAAACAGAGAAAGCAGACUCUUGUGGAGGAACUUAUGGCCGACGCAAACAUUAGGCAGUACAACAAAAAGAAAUAUGCUGAACUACAACAGAAAAUGAGAGGCAAGAAGACAUUCAAGAGCAAACUUAAAAAGCAUUAG